UUGUUAUUGCAAAACUAUUGUAGAGAGCCGGCCCAUCAACCUAUUGAUAUUUAUUCGACUCGGGGUUAUUGGUUUGUUCAUCAAAGGUAGUUCCGUGUAUUGAGAGACAACCAUCCGUCGAAGCACCAAAGCAUCAUGUCAUUUUUAGCUAAGACCUUAUUAAAAUCUCUUCCUCAGGUGGGCAGACAAUUGACCAAACAUAACAAUUCGAGUGCUGUCUUCAGACGCCUGCUACAUCAAAGUUCCCCUUUGCUGGCAGUCAAAGUUCAACAACCGGCUCCAGAUUUCAAAGGCAUUGCCGUUCAUGGCAAUGACUUUAAAGAUGUGCAAUUGUCCGAUUUCGCGGGCAAAUAUUUAGUUUUAUUCUUCUAUCCCUUGGAUUUCACUUUUGUUUGUCCCACAGAAAUCAUUGCAUUUAGUGAUCGCAUAAAAGAAUUCAAAGAUUUAAAUGCUGAAGUUUUAGGUGUCUCCGUGGAUUCGCAUUUCUCUCAUUUGGUUUGGUCCAAUAUGGAUCGUAAAAAUGGCGGCUUGGGUGGUUUAAAAUAUCCCCUACUUGCUGAUAUUACCAAAAAGAUCAGUUCCGAUUACGGUGUGUUAUUGGAGAACGAAGGCAUAUCCUUGCGUGGCACAUUCAUCAUUGAUCCCAAUGGUGUUGUACGUCAAUAUUCCAUUAACGAUUUACCCGUCGGCCGUUCUGUUGAUGAAGUUUUGCGACUAAUCAAAGCAUUCCAAUUUGUGGAAAAGCAUGGUGAAGUAUGUCCUGCCAAUUGGAAUCCUGAAUCGAAUCCAGAUACUAUUAAGCCUGAUGUCGAACAAUCCAAAGAUUACUUCAACAAGCAUGGUUAAGGAACAGACCAAGCAAGUAAGGAAGCUGCUUCCAAGAAGUCAAUGCGACCAACUACCCUAAAGGUAUAUUUUUCCUUACCUAUUUUGUUUUUGAAUAAAAUUCGAUUCUAAUUUUUCUACUGUA